AUGUUCCACCAGUUUAAAAUCCGCAAAGAUGACGUACCGAGUCAACGGUUUCUUUAUCGUGAUCACCCCUCAGAACCUGUGAAGGUGUUUGCGAUGGAUGUGGGAAGUUUUGGUGCUACCUGCUCGCCUUGUCAAGCCCAAUACAUCAAAAAUCGGAACGCCAUGGAACACGCAGCGGAGUACCCGGAAGCAGCAGAAGCUAUCGUAAAUAAACACUACGUCGAUGACUACCUCGACAGCUUCGACUCGGAGGCCAAGGCUAUCAAGGUAGCACUUGAGGUGAAGGAAGUGCACGCCCGUGGAGGGUUUGAGAUCAGAAACUGGCACUCGAACUCCCGUGCACUUCUGGAACGGGUCGGGGAGCCGAAGCAGACGCAAACGAAGGCCAUCAACAUCGACGCGGAGAGCGAAGCCGAACGGGUUCUAGGACUACUGUGGCUGCCAGAGGAGGACAUCCUAGCCUUCGCGACGCAAUUGCAGCUUGACGGCAUCCCUCCCACAAAGCGGAACAUCUUACGUUGUGUAAUGAGCCUCUUCGACUCCCAGGGAAUACUGUCCCACAUCACCAUCCAAGGUCGGAUGAUCAUCCAGGAUACAUGGCGCAACAACACAAAGUGGGAUGACGAAGUCAUCGAAGCUAUUCGUAUACGAUGGCUCAGGUGGACGAAGCUUUUCAAAAGAGUCAGCGAAAUAAAGCUCCACAGGGCGUACUUUCCUGGAUUUUCGGCUGCAGAGAUAGGUUCGGUGGAACUGCACGUGUUUACAGACGCGAGCGAAGAUGCUUACGCCUGUACAGCCUACUUCCGAGCUGUAAUCAACGGAAAGGUCUACGUUACGCUGGCUAUGGCCAAAGCAAAAGUUGCACCACUAAAAGCGCUCUCGGUACCACGCCUCGAGCUAAUGGGAGCUCUACUUGGAGCACGGCUGGCCAAGGCGGUCAUGGCGUACCACUCCUUUCCGAUCUGUCGGCGAGUUUUCUGGACAGACUCUAAAACAACUCUAGCCUGGAUCCAGUCGGAACACCGGCGGUACAGACAGUUCGUGGCCUUCAGAGUGGGCGAAAUUCUCAGCAAAACCAAUGCCAUCGAAUGGAGAUACAUUCCCACGCUACUCAACCCGGCUGACGAAGCAACCAAGUGGGGCAAAGGACCUAGUACGGACGUCAAGUCGCGGUGGUUCCGUGGACCAGACUUCCUGUAUCAACCCGAGACGGAAUGGCCAGAGCAGCUGAGAUCGGAACUGUUGGAAACGGACGAAGAACUGCGGCCCUGCAUGGCGCAUAAAGAACACCACAUCGAGGACAUCUUCGAGAUCAACCACUUCUCUAGAUGGGAGCUGCUACAAAGGACCGCGGCUUACGUUCUACGGCUGUCUAAAGGUGAGGAGCUUCGGAAGGCGGAAAACAGCCUGUGGCGCAAUGUGCAGGAAACAGCGUAUCCGGAUGAGCUGACCAUCUUGAAGCAGGGCGAAGCAGGAUCCAAGAAGACCAUCGACAAAACGAGUCCUGUCUACAAGCUGACACCUUUUCUGGACGAAGACGAGGUAAUGCGGGUUGACAGCCGCAUCGGAGCCGUUCCACAUGUCACCUACGACUUCAAGUUUCCGGUUAUUCUCCCCCGAAAUCAUCACCUCACCAAGCUAAUAGUCGAUUGGUACCACCGCCGUCGUCCACCAAGUCGCGAAGAACUGCCAGGCCUGCAAGAUCAACAAAGCGACACCAACGACCCCCCGAAUGGCACCCCUACCAGAUUCACGACUAGCGGCUGGGGCUCGACCGUUUUCCUACGUCGGACUCGACUAUUUCGGCCCUAUCUCGGUCCGAGUCGGCAGAAGCCGCGUUAA